AUGGGAUUGGCCAUAUUCUGGUACUUUUUCUGGUCAAAGUGUGAUGAGGUGGGUGGGAUCUUUGCUUCUUCAAAGAAGGCUUUAGAUGCCAAGUCCCACACCCGCAUAGGUGUUUCGUCUCAGGUGUGUGAAGGGUCGGGAGGACGGGGCUCUGCGGCCUGCGCAGCCGUUGCAGUGAACGAGGGACAACUGGCAGCACCCUCAGAAGCUCGUGGACUGAUUGGUCGCAGCUGGGCUAUGGUGUUUGCUGCUGCAGGCUUCAGAGUGAAACUUUAUGAUAUUGUGCAACAACAGAUAACAAGCGCACUGGAAAGCAUUCGCAAACAAAUGAAGGAGCUGGAGGAGUCGGGAUUCCUGAAAGGAGCUUUGAGUGCAGAGAAGCAGCUGGCGCUCAUUAGUGGCUGUACAGACCUGAAGGCAGCAGUAGAGGGUGCUACUUUCAUUCAGGAAUGCACUCCGGAGAACCUAGAUCUGAAAAAGAAGAUUUUUGGUCAGUUAGAUCUUAUUAUUGAUGACAAUGUUAUCCUGAGCAGCUCAACCUCUUGUCUCUUACCUACCAAGUUGUUCACUGGCCUUAAACAUGUCAAGCAGUGUAUUGUGUCACAUCCUGUAAAUCCACCUUAUUUUGUGCCGUUGGUUGAAAUUGUUCCGCAUCCAGAAACAGAUCCUUCAACUACAGAGAGAACAUAUGCUCUGAUGAAGAAGAUUGGUCAAUCUCCUGUUAAAUUAAACAAAGAGGUUGAGGGGUUUGUUCUGAAUCGGCUCCAGUAUGCAGUGAUAAGUGAAGCUUGGAGACUUGUGGGUGAAGGAGUAGUAUCUCCUACUGAUCUAGACCUUGUGAUGUCUGAUGGAUUGGGAAUGAGAUAUGCAUUUAUUGGACCUCUGGAAACCAUGCAUCUUAAUGCAGAAGGUAUUUCAAAUUACUGUGAAAGAUACUGUGAAGGUAUGAGACUUGUUCUGAACACUUUUGGACCACUUCCAGAAUUUUCAGGUGAAACUGAGCAGAAAAUCAGUCAGGCAAUGUCGGAAAAAAUUCCAGUGAUUCCAAAACACCUGGAUUCCAGGAGAGAAUGGAGAGAUGAAUGUCUCGCUCAUCUUGCCAAACUGAAAAAACAGAUGAAAUCUGACUGAGGUGCACCUUGCCUAACAGGAAGGACCAAAGGAAGAACAGGUCUUCAUAAAAAGCAGGCAUUUUUGGUGAUGCAGAAGAGGUGACUGAAUGUGCAGGGAAUGAUAUGCACAAAUGUAGAGACCAAUGAAACAUUUGGUCCAAAUUUAUCAUGAUGUAAUUCAUGAAUAACUGGAAAAAAUUAUGAAAAGUUCAGUUAAAACUUUAUCAAAUUAUUAUAUGUAUGCAUUAGAUAUGUGAGCAUUUAGUAGCUUUAGCUAUAUUAAUAAUGUGCAAUGCUGGAACACAAUCAUAUUUUAAAUAAUGCAUUUUUAAGCUUGCUUAGAAAUUCAGAGUUUGAACAAUAUUUGGCUAUGCAGGGAUCUGAAAUAGGCAAACAUCAGCUGUUUGUCACUGGAGAAGAAAAGCCCUCACCAGCCAAUCGAUAUGACAGUGAGGUUAAUUUGUAAAGCCUUGACUGUAGAUAGGAGGAGGUUGCAUUGAACAAAGACUAGAUUCACUGGCCAUUCUCCCAGUGAAGUGAGAACUCAGCAGCAGUAAGGGGCACUUCAGCUUAGCUCCAUAACUGUUCCGCAAUGUAGGGGAAAGAAUUAUUUUCCCUUCCCUCGCUAUGGCACUUAUGUACCUCUGUGAUGAGUUAAAUGUGAGUGAACAGAACAGAGUAGAGUUCUUCCCUUAUCGCCUACCCCAAUUCUAUAAGAUUCAUCAGAGACCUACUCCGUUUUUCAGACCAUGCACUUGAUACCCCAUGACUUCACCCCAACUUAUGUCAAAUGUUUGAUGCCAUCAGUUGGUAUUGCUGCAUAAAUAUGUGUCCCAUUCUAAGACUUGUCUAUGAUAGAUAAGAUGUUUUGAUCUGACAGCUUGGGAGACACCUUCCAGGCUAUACAACAACCUUUUGAGUGAUCUUGAGAAGCCAGUUUGCCUCUCGGUUGCCUUGUCUAUUUUGUACAUUAUCUGGAGCAAGGACUGUCUCUGUAGGACUCAGCGGUAGUGAAUUUAACAACUGUGGUUGAAGGAAUCCCCCCACAUAUCUGCUGCUUUGCUUCCCUGCACAGGGAAACAUGCAGUGGCUUAGGUGCAGCAUUUAUGCUUUACUGCUGCCCCUUUCUACAUGAGUCACAACAUUUGUAGAAGGACGGAGUACAUAUACAUGGUGAUAGUAAUAUCUUCCGUUGCUGCAGUGGCAUGCUUCAGUCCACAGCAGACAAAGUUUGACGAUGAACGUAUGUGCCCUAUAAUAUGGUUGGACUUUGAUCUUAGCUAGAACCUGUGGGCAUUGUUGUAAUACAAAUAAUAAGAGUAACUUGCAACACAGCAUAGCAUCCACAUCACUUGAGUUAAAAAUAUUUGAAUUUGUGAUAGCUGGUCAUGUAACUUCAGCCACAGCACAGAUUCAGAAGUGUUAAACUGAUUUUUUAAAGUUUGGCUCAGGGGCAUUUUAAAUCUUGUUCUUAAUGGAGGGUGCAGA